UAGGUCUGCAUCCACUAGGAUGAAUUGGGGUCCUUGACAGCAUCUCUAACCAUGAUGACAUCACAGGCAAUUACCAUAGAUGCCUAUCAGGAUGGACAGCCAAUGCAAGUAAUAGUAACAGAAGUGGAUGCUGAUCAGGACCCAGGCUGUGCUGAAACGGAUACUAGUGGGGUGAAUCCUGCUCCUUUGGAAUCCCAGACCCCAAUGGAUGCUGACAAGCAAGCCAUUUACAGACAUCCUCUUUUCCCGCUGUUAGCGCUGCUGUUUGAAAAAUGUGAACAAUCCACACAGGGGUCAGAGUGCAUUACCUCAGCCAGCUUUGAUGUAGAUAUUGAAAACUUUGUCCGAAAACAGGAGAAGGAAGGAAAACCAUUUUUUAAUGAUGAUCCAGACAUUGAUAAUCUUAUGGUGAAAGCUAUUCAGGUCCUGCGUAUCCACUUGUUAGAGUUGGAGAAGGUCAAUGAACUCUGUAAAGAUUUCUGUAGUCGCUAUAUUGCUUGUCUUAAAACAAAAAUGAACAGUGAGACUUUGUUAAGUGGGGAGCCAGGAAGUCCGUAUUCUCCUGUACAGCCUCCUCAGCAAGUACAAGCUGCCAUCACAGGUACACUUAGUCCACAAGGCAUUGUGGUUCCUGCAACACUGCAGCAAGGAAAUGUAGCUGUGGCAACUGUAGCAGGUGGAACUGUGUAUCAGCCAGUUGCAGUGGUUACCCCACAGGGUCAGGUAGUGACGCAGACACUGUCACCAGGAACUAUACGAAUUCAGAAUUCUCAGCUUCAACUGCAGUUAAAUCAAGACCUGAGUAUCUUGCAUCAAGAUGAUGGCUCAUCUAAAAAUAAAAGAGGAGUUCUGCCAAAGCACGCUACAAAUGUUAUGAGAUCGUGGCUAUUUCAGCACUUAGGGCAUCCGUAUCCAACAGAGGAUGAAAAGAAACAAAUUGCCACACAGACAAAUCUGACAUUGUUGCAAGUAAAUAACUGGUUUAUUAAUGCACGGAGACGAAUUCUUCAGCCUAUGCUGGAUUCUAGCUGUUCUGAAACCCCAAAAGCAAAGAAGAAGACAGUCCAGAACAGACCUGUGCAGAGGUUUUGGCCUGAUUCAAUCGCAUCAGGAGUACCACAGCAUCAAGCCAAUGAAAUUACUAUGGCAGAAGGAAUGCAGGUGUUUUCUUGUGCUCAGUCCGUGAUGGAUAAUUUACAAAGACUGCUACCUUCUUUGGACUAUGUGAGUGAGGACUCAGUGUCUACAGAUCCUGGGAAAGGUACUGUGGUGACAAUUGCAGCUCCAGUUAAUAUGAACAUGGACAGCCUCCAGUCUUUAUCUUCAGAUGGCGCAACACUGGCUGUGCAGCAAGUAAUGAUGGCAGGGCAAAGUGAUGAUGAAUCUUUGGACAGUGAUGAUGAUGGUGAAGAUCUUUCUGCAACUAGUAUAAGUGGGCUUGGAUUAGAUAACAGUGACUCUUUGCAUUAGGCAUAUACGAAAUGUGCACAGAAAGAAAUACUGUAGAAAAAGACUUGACAGUAUGUUUUUUAUAGUUUGCACAGCAAACAUUUUACACAGCGAAUUUUAUUUCUGAUAUAUUUUAUACCUAGCUAUAGAAGGGUGUGCACUUUUGUAUUUCACAGCCAAGUUAAAAGAUGGAUUGUUACAAGUGUUUUACUUCAGGUGCAGUAUCUUCUUUAAGUGGUUAUCCAGCUUCUACUAGAAACCAUGUACGAUCCUCUUCAGUCUGCUUUGAAGGCAUUUCUACAUUUCAUUUUUCACUGGGCAGUUCGAGCCACCAAGGAAGACUUGCAAGUCUUGUGUACAUCUACAUCGAGCAGAUGCCUCUUUGAUAAGUAGCACAAAUGUUUGCCUGAGCAAUGGAUUUAUAAGAUUGCUUGACAGAUCAAAUUGUAAUUUUUUUUGUUUUGUUUUGUUUUGACAGGUUUCUGCACCUUAAAAGCUGCCUGUGAUGGGCAACUUAAAAGCAACAAAGUGUUUGAGAUAGUAUAUAACACUUUAAAUAACGUGUUAGUCUUUAUAGUAAGCAUGACUUAUUUAUCAUUUGUCAUUAGUUGUGUAAAUGGUAACACUUAGAUUUUCCUUAUCAUUAGAUGCAAAACAAUAAAAUCAUAUUUUUAUAUAUCAUUUUGAGUUGACUUUCACUUUUUUGAAUGUCAGUUUACAGAAGCCUUCAUCAGCUGUGAUCACUCUCAAGAGAACUGUACUGUAUUAAAGAAAGACACAAAACUAGUCACAUCUUGUUAAUUGUGUUUGCUGUAACAAGCAAGCUACCUGAUGAAUUAAGCUUUCAUGUUACAGUUCCAGUGUUCAUCUUGUUACUGGAAGAGUCUGCAUUAUGAAGGUUAGCUACUUACUAACCACAUGCAAUGACUGAACUGAAUAUUGACUAAAGAAAAUUGUCUACACUGUAGCUGGUGACACAUUCUAGGAUGCUGCAAAAUAGCUUAAAAGCAAAAAAAAAAAAAGUUCAUGAUUAUUUUUCCAUCUAGGGAAUUAUUUUUUGUGGUGUGUAGUAACGUAAACCACAGGUUUUUGUAGGCAGUAUUCCUUUUAUUGAUAAUAAAUGUAAAUUUUGAAAUUAACAGUGACAAUCCUUCAUCACAUGAAAGCUGUGUCUUCAGUUUAACUUGCUUAUUUUAAUUAAAAGGAAUUCUGCAAACCCAAGUGGCCUACCUAGUAGAAAGUAAGCAGUUACAUUUUAGUAAGGAUCUUGUAUUAGAGAAGUGGUAUUUUUAAAAGAAGAAUUAACAAGCACAGGUAAACUUUAAUACGUGACAGCAUUUAUAUCACUGUAAUUAUGUAAUGCGUUACUUUACUAAUUUUUCCCUUUUAAUUAGUACAGUUCCAUGCAUAUUGUAAAAUGUGUGCUAGUUUUAUUAGCGUAAUAUGCAUGUAAUGCAGUUUUCAAUAAAUCUAAAAGAUUUGUUGGUAUUUUCAUGCAGAAUAUGUAGCUGCCAUUUUGCAUACUUACAUUGUUGAAUGUUGCCAAACUAGUGUUUUUUUUUCCCAGAAGUAUUUUUUCACGUUUUGACUGCUGUGAUAUAUUUUUUUGUGCGUGUGUAUGAAUUGUAACACUGGAUGCUAAAAUUUCAAUGUUUGUAGUAACAGUGCAUUUUAACAGGUUUAAAGGUUUAUGGAUACUGGUUACAGAGAGCUAGUUUCUUCUAGUCAAAAAAAAGAAGUAAAUGUUCUAAUCCACAAAUUAGAGAGGGCAAGAAUGUGUACAUUUCCAUAUCACUGAUUAUUACUUUUUUAGAUUUUAUGAAUUUUGAUAGCAAGCAGAGUGGCCUGGGUUGUAAAUUUAGGCCUUAUCUGAUGGCAUAUGCAUACUUUUUUGAUUUUUUUUUUUUUUACUAAGCAAGAGAACUAUUUGGCUAUAAUGAAUGCAUCCUACUAUCAGUGUUUAGCCAAAAGUCUAUGUAUCUUAAUAAAAAACUUCACUACAAAAUUA